AUGUACAAGCUGGGUCGUCGUAGCCUGGGCCCGGCCCUCAAGGCUAUCAGAGUUACCCCAGCGCGCACCUCGUUUCAGCAACAACGAAACCUCAGUAUACACGAAUAUCUCUCUGCGAGAUUACUCAAAGAAUAUGGAGUUGGCGUUCCAGAUGGAGAGGUUGCAACAACACCAGAAGAGGCCCUGGCCAUUGCGAAGAAUAUCAAGGGAGAUGAUAUGGUCAUCAAAGCCCAGGUCCUCGCAGGUGGUCGAGGCAAAGGUACCUUUGACAACGGCUUGAAGGGUGGUGUGAGGGUGAUCUACUCCCCCACGGAAGCGAAGAUGUUUGCUCAGCAGAUGAUUGGCCACAAACUCGUCACGAAACAAACCGGUGCUCGCGGACGGAUCUGCAAUUCAGUCUACAUCUGCGAACGUAAAUUCGCCCGCCGAGAAUUCUACCUAGCCAUCCUCAUGGAUCGAUCCACCCAGUCACCCGUCAUUGUAGCUUCUUCGCAAGGUGGUAUGGAUAUUGAGACUGUGGCCAAAGAGACGCCGGAUGCCAUCAUCACAACGCCUAUCAGCAUCGAAGAAGGAGUGACGGACGAGAUCGCCCGAAAUAUCGCCACAGAAGUUGGUUUCAGCGAGCAAUGCAUCGAGGACGCAAAAAACACCAUCCAGAGACUCUAUAAGAUCUUCAUGGACAAGGAUGCUACCCAGAUCGAGAUCAACCCUCUUAGCGAAACCAGCGAUCACCAGGUCCUGGCUAUGGAUGCCAAGUUGGGCUUUGACGACAAUGCAGAGUUCCGACAGAAGGAGGUUUUCAGCUGGAGAGAUACAUCGCAAGAGGAUGCUGACGAGGUCAAGGCGGCAGAAUACGGUCUCAACUUCAUCAAGCUGGACGGUGAUAUUGGAUGUCUUGUCAAUGGUGCUGGUCUCGCCAUGGCGACUAUGGAUAUCAUCAAGCUGAAUGGCGGCACACCUGCAAACUUCUUGGAUGUUGGAGGUGGUGCCACGCCAGAGGCUAUCAGAUCUGCUUUCGAGUUGAUCACCAGUGACCCCAAGGUCACAGCAAUCUUUGUGAACAUCUUCGGUGGUAUCGUCAGAUGUGACGCUAUCGCUCAAGGUUUGAUCAACGUUGUAGAACAAAUGAACUUGCGGUUACCCAUUGUGUGUCGAUUGCAGGGUACCAAUAUGGAGAAGGCGGCUGAGUUGGUCAACAACUCGGGACUCAAGAUCUUUUCCAUCACCGAUCUUCAGGAAGGUGCCGCCAAAGCCGUGGACUUUUCCAAGAUUGUGAAGAUGGCCAGAGAAAUCGAUGUUGGCGUGGAGUUUUCCCUUGGUAUCUAA